GUGCGGAGAGAGCAGAAGCGACAGAGCAGGAGAAGUGAAUGGAUGGAGUGACCCAAGAGGAGGAGAGCGGUGCUGAGCGGACACACCGACAGCGCGCGAAAACUAGAACACGCGCGGCGGCAACAGACGGGCUAUUAAACCGCGGAACGCGAAGCGGAGCGCACACACGGAAUGACUUCUGACGUCCCCCCCUCUCUCUCUCUCUCGCACGACCAAAGACUUUCAGACGACGAUAAAGGACGAGAGGAGGAGGACGAGAUUUAAGAGGAGGAGCGAACGUGCUUUGAUUGACAGUGCAGGCGGGGCGCGCGGACAAUUUUAAGACUUGAUUUUGUUUUGGAGAUUUGGAUGGAUAUUUUUAGCGGAGAGAGAAACUCGAGGAUAAAAGGAGUAGAAGAUAAAAGAAGGAUGGGAAAAGAGACUGAGUGAGAUGCUGAAUUCAGACUUUGUCAGAACAGAUACAACAUCAGCAGCGUUCAGCUUUCCUGCAGGCACGAGGCGGUGUGUGCGCGCGCGCUUAUAAAUGUAAACGUGUGUGUGUGUGUGUGUGUGUAGCAUGAAGAACGACCUCUCUCACUCUCACCAGGUUUGUUAUUCAUGUGAGAGAUAGUAUGGCUGAGAGUCAGCUUCAAGAAAAAAGUAAAAGUGAGUUCGUUUUAGAGUGUGCCGGUGAAAGCAGAUCUAGCUAGUGUUUGUGGGACCCUCACAUGACCGUGGAGAAUUUCACCAGCAGGUCAGCCUCCCAGAAGGCUCCCUCCAAUCCUUGUCUUUUUUGUUGGCCCUCUGCCAAUGUCUCGGUUCAUCCGACCCUUCUCUUUUUCAUUAUGUUCUGUUACAAUUAUCUGUCUUGUAUCUGUUGAAUCUUUUCUCUCAUUAGGAUCACUUCCUGCUUCAUUUGUUCGGUUUCGCUCCCUUGGACUGCUGCAGAGAGAGAGGCUUGAUGGAGACCGCAAAACAGUGAUCUCGAACUGUGAGCAUCCGGAGAGAUAGGGAGAGAGUUUUAGAGAGAGAAUAAAGGAAAUAGCCUGGGGAUUUUGCCUAGGGGGUAAUAUUGUGUUGCCAGUGGGUAUGAAGACACAUACAAAAUUUGGGUUUCCUUAGGGAGCAGUGUGAAUUCAUUCUAUUCAGAAACAAGCUUCUGUAUGCUUUACAUAAUAUUAACAAUAGACUAUGAUGUUUAAAAGUGCAUUAUUUUGAUCUAACCUUGUGUAGUUGCUUAGUGAGUGUGCCUUGGCGUUUAACGACAUAUUAGUAUUCAGGUAGUCAGUGUUGUGGCUCUCUCUGUCCUGCUGGAGCCCCAUGAGGCCCCCGGCCGUGGAGGCCUGGCUGGGAGAUGAAGCCUUCCCCCCUGCUGCCCUAGCAGCUCUGUGGGCCCUCAUGGCUCUGGAAGGCCGUUGUCUGCGCCCUGCUUCACCCACACCGGGCCAGCGCAGGGCCCGCCGUCGUCCUGUCCGUUCCAGAGCAACGCGGGACGGUUUGUCACACCUAACCACCACCCUCCUGACACGGACUCGCCUGCACGGUUUACGGCACGUCUGCUCCCCAUCAAUUUCUCUCAGCCGUCGGGCAUUUUGGUUUUUGGCGUUAUGUACUUCUCUGGGUCUUCUGUUGUCUUGGUCAUCAAAUCGCCUGCUUCACUGGCUAGCCUUCCCUACCCACACAAGAGUACACACGGAGUGGGCGAGAGAACUCGCCUUUCCUACGGUCACCAUCUGUAACAAUAACCCAGUGCGCUUGUAUCACCUCACCAAGAGUGAUCUGUACUUUGCGGGUCACUGGCUGGGACUGCUGCUAGCCAAUCGGACGGCCAGGCCCCUGGUGCUGGACCUGCUUCAAGAUGACAAGCAGGCCUGGUUCAGCAAGCUCUCAGAUUUCCGUCUUUUCCUGCCACCGCGGCGUUUCGAGGGCACCAGCUUGGAGUUCAUGGACCGUCUGGGUCACCAGCUGGAGGAUAUGCUGCUGGGAUGCAAGUACCGCGGAGAACCCUGUGGAGCUCACAACUUCUCCACGGUGUUUACACGCUAUGGGAAGUGUUACAUGUUUAAUGCUGCAGAAGAAGGCAAGACUUUGAGGACCACAAUGAAAGGAGGAACAGGGAAUGGUCUGGAGAUCAUGUUAGACAUCCAGCAAGAUGAGUACCUACCUGUGUGGGGGGAAACAGAAGAGACAGCGUUUGAAGCAGGUGUGAGGGUGCAGAUCCACAGUCAGGCGGAGCCUCCUUUCGUGCAUGAACUUGGUUUUGGAGUCUCCCCGGGCUUUCAGACCUUUGUGGCAACCCAGGAACAGAGACUGACCUACCUUCCUCCUCCGUGGGGCGAGUGUGUGUCCAGAGCCCUGGAUUCGGGCCUUUUCCAAGUGUACAGCGUCUCCGCCUGUCGAAUAGAGUGUGAGACACGCUACAUUGUUGAGAACUGCAACUGCAGGAUGGUAUACAUGCCAGGUGAUUCACCGUACUGCACACCUGAGCAGUAUAAAGACUGUGCUGAACCUGCUCUUGCUGCUCUGUCGUCUGUUGAAGGCACUAACUGCAUCUGCCGGAGCUCCUGUAACAUGACCCGAUACAACAAAGAGCUCUCCAUGGUCAAGAUCCCUAGCAAGACCUCUGCACGCUACCUGGAGAAGAAGUUCAACAGAUCUGAGAAGUACAUCACGGACAAUAUCCUAGUUCUGGAUGUUUUCUUCGAGGCUCUGAAUUAUGAGACCAUAGAACAGAAGAAGGCCUAUGAGGUGGCAGGUCUACUAGGUGAUAUUGGAGGUCAGAUGGGCUUGUUUAUCGGCGCGAGCAUCCUCACCAUUCUGGAGCUCUUUGAUUAUGCGUAUGAGGUGGUGAAGGAAAGGCUGUUGGACAUGUUGAACCGAGAAGAGGAGGAAGAGAGUCAUGGAGAGGAUGUGAGUACCUGUGAUCCAGUAGUGAAUCACUCUGAAUCAAUUAGUCACACAGUCAGCGUCCCCCUGCAGACCACCCUGGGCACCCUCGAGGAGAUAGCCUGCUGAGUGCAUUUACUCUCAACACCACCAGGGAGAGCCAGGUAUUCUGCCUCUCGCUCCUUAAAGACAGACUUAGGACCCAUUGGGGCCAAGAGAAGGGAAAACAAGGGGUUGAGUCUCUUUUUCUUUCAAACUUUCAAAACUUGUGAUAUCAUCUGGCACAAACAAGACAACCCGAAGCCAAGGAGCUUCUUUAGCAACACAAGGACCUCGGCGUUUCUCACAAACACCAUCUGUUUGAUCUGGACUCAUGAAGGAUACCAGAAGCUUGUGGACCUGUCAGGACAACCGCUUGUAAACAAAAACACGAGCAUGUGGGGAACUGCAAAUGCACAUGGCCUCAGUGUGCUCUCGUGUUCAGCCUGGCCAUUUUGAAGUCUACUGCCAAAACACUGUAAAUUAUUAACCACAGAAAAUGUUGUGAAACUGUUCUAACUGUGCAUGUGUCAAUUUCAUCCGUUACGAUACGGUUUUCUCAAUCGUCGUCCUCUGGCACACAGAGACUGUACUGCCUUCUUGUGCUGUUCGUUUGCUAUGUGUUUCUGCAUUUGAAUUGGCUUGUUUAGGGAUCAAUGAUGCAUCAUAAAACCAAAAGCAUCAACAUUUUUUACUUCUUUUUAGCAGAGCCUAAAAAACGUUUCCAUUUUGACCCUCAAGCUAGAUACCUGAUGUGAUCCUCCAUACACCCGAUUAAGGCUGUCAUUGUUGAGAAACACAUAAACAGCAAUUUUCAAUGAUAAAAGGACGUUCAUGCUGUCAUAUACCUGUCCAUCUUUUAACAGGAAUAUCGCAGACAUGAAGAAUUAAGAGAUUUAUCAUUGUCUCAUGAGUCCAGCUCUUCAUGUGUGCUGAAGUUUGUAACACUAUAAUUGUUAUUUGAUAUUUACUACCGUGCCACAGUGUUUUUUGAUAAUUGACAAUAGCCCGUUUAAAGGUGUGGUUGUGUUUCUUUUGCUCUAAAUGUAAGAUUCUUUUCUCAUGAGUAUAUACAUGAGCUGACCCAUUCCUCCUUUAAUUUGUACAGUAUUUGAGCCACAACUCAUCAACCGAGGGACAAAAUAUUCUCGCAGAACAUUCGUUGGUUAGUCCCGGGUGAGAAGAGCAAGCUUGUACCCUGAUUGCAUUUCUCCAAAACACGCUCCACCUCAAUAUUCAAUAUAAUAAUAACAACCGGCAUAGAUUAGCCACAAAUAAAAGCUUGUCAAAGCUUCUAGCUUGUGAGUAUUUUGAACAAAUUGUUGUGGGACACAAAGUCCCCUUACAGAGUACCGCAGUUACACUGCACAUUUGUUGACAAGCUCCUAAAUCUUACAAAUAAAUAAAUAUAAGCAUAUUGGAUUUGUUUAUUAAACACAGGCUUUUAUCAGAAUUCCAAAGAUGACCCUGGGAAUUCUUGUCGAAUUUUGUUAUUUUGACCUUAGAGAGUAUGCAAAUAUCAUUCAUAAAUAUCCAUGUGAAGCUAUUUUUGUGUAGUUAUUUUUCCAUGUCUCCUUCUGGGGCAUCAUAACUUUGAAGACUGAUUUGCCCCUAAUGUCUUAUAAUGCACAAUUUAAAAUUGGAAACAAUUUUUGCCACAUGGAUUAGAUGAAUGUGGAUGUAUGUGUUGCAGUACCUGUUGUUUGUUGCACGUGACAGAGCCAUAUUAUUGUUUUAAGGCAAACAAACGUUGCUUAAUGUUGUUACGUUUCGUUCUAUGAAAACAGCGCUGGGUGGUACAUGCAGAUAUCCCGUCUGGAAACUCUUCUGAUUUGUGAAGUAUGGUAUCAGUGUACAUUUUGUAACAAUAGACCAGUUGGAUACAAUUUGCAGUUUCAUCAAAUGUAAUGGGCCGUGGAGGAUAAACAACUCUUAUCUUUAUUUGUUAUAAAUUGUGAUGAUUUCUAGACCUGUAACAAAGAUACAUCUGUAAGCCUCACCAGGUUCCAAGCAAGUGCAGAAGAAAAAAUCAACUGACAUGAAUAAACCUACGGCACCAGUGUAAAAUGUACUCGACAACGAACGGUUAUGUGAAAACCUUCAUAAUGUCAAAUAAUUUUAGAAGACUUUCUUGCCAUGUGGAAAAAACACCAAAGGGCAGUCACAUCACCUUUGCUAUUUUCUCAUUAGUAGAAACCAGACAGGUUGAUGGUUUCUAACCCCAAAGGUAUUUGCAACAGUACCUCAGACUUUAGAGAUGAACACAAUAAAAGCUAAAUGGA